GCUCUUGCAUGGAUUUGCAUGUCGCAAGCUCGUUAAUGUCGGGAACUGCUGGUAGGGCCUCCAUUUACAAACUUUAUGUGACCUACCGACGCUUGUGUAUACUGAAGGCGGGUAAGUUCUGACACAGACGAGCCGCUGGAAUGUCUCAUAUCCUUUAAACAGGCCGUGGCCUCGAAGAGUCGCAGGUGUGUUGCAUUGCAUCAAUGUUCUUGCUUUUUUUGUUUGAUUGAUACCCGAUCCACACCACAAUGGGGCAGGUAACCCAAGACAUUUGCGUAGGAGUUUCUACAGCUCUAACGAUACUUUCAAUUAUAUGUGUCGCUCUCCGACUCUACACCCGUACCUUCAUCGUGCAACAUACAGGCAAAGAUGAUUAUGCCAUGGUAUUCGCGCUCCUGUUCACGGUCGCCUAUCUUGUCGCCAUUUUCAUUUUGCGCGAUAACGGUAUGGGCUUCAGUGGUGAGGUUCUGCAGCUCCAGCAGAUGUUGAACCAAAUUCAAGCGACACUUGCGAUAGAGAUAGUCUACUAUCUCAUCAUCAAUGCUAUCAAAAUCUCGAUUUUGUUCUUCUACUUACGCAUCGCCGUCGAGAAAAGAUUCGAGUACCUUUGCAAAGGCACAAUCUACUUCCUAGUCACCUUCGGUGUCGUCUGCGUAAUUGUAUGUCUGGCACAGUGUGUUCCACUACAUAAGAUGUGGGACUUGGCCGGGCAGGUUUCAGGCCGAUGUAUCAACACGACAGCGUUCUUCUACACAACGAGCGCUGUAAAUAUCAUUGCUGAUAUCUGGAUUCUGCUUCUUCCUAUAACUACACUGCUCAAAGUCCAGCGCCCGAGACGAGAGAAAUUCGCCCUUGUGAUCAUCUUCAGCCUCGGUGCAUUCAGUUGCAUUGCAUCGAUCGUGCGCCUGUACUCAGUUGGCGUUUACACGGAAUCUGAGGAUCCUUUCUUCGACAGCGUUCCCAUCAACGUAUGGAGCAUGGUCGAAAUUAACGUGGGCAUCCUCUGUGCCUCUAUUCCCGCCACCAAAGCCCUCUUCAGCAAAGCGCAGAGACAUCGUACGCAUAAUGGCUCGUAUCAGUACCAUAGUCGUGAACGCAGCAUCAUGAAAAGCUAUGGCCAUGGUAGCGGGAAAAGCAAUAGCAACAACGGACAGGAGGGAACCGCUGGAGGCCCCACCGGGGCCGUUAUCCAGAAUGAGUCGUAUGAGCUGAAGGAUGUGGAAAGUGGGGAUCACCAACCGUUUGACGCGAGAAAGCAAAAUGGUGGCGGUGGGGCAUGGCGCGUUCCUGACUCGGAUGUGGACGAACAGCGUCUUGUAUGGCCAGAAAGCAGAGUUUAAAGUUUGAGAUCGCAAGCCACAAAUCGUCCUGUCCUAGCCCCACUAUUACGUGCUGCUCCUUCUGUGCCAUACAUGACAUGUUGUAGGGC